GAGUUCUAGGCGUUUGAACACACCCCUGUCAAACUUGUACCAGUGGGGUGGAGGACAGCCUUAACUUAAAACUUGAGGAGACGACGGGGCCACGGAAGUAGGCUACAAAGUAACAGUUUGGCGGAUGACAUUGCAAGCGGAAAACGGGGGAAAUGUCUUCGGGGUACAAAUCUUGGAUACUGCUUACAGGUUUUAUACUAUUCUAUGUUGCUUAUCUGUUGCUUGGAGCACUCGUUUUCUCCACCAUCGAACGGCCGGUGGAGAACAAACUGAAACGUGACAUACAAGUCCUGAAAGAUGAGUUUCUCAACCAAAGUUGCGUCAAUGCAACAUCACUUGAAAACUUUUUGGAGAAAGUUUUACAAGCCAAUAAGUAUGGAAUAUCUAUCCUUCCGAAUUCUUCUGCGAGUUCAAAUUGGGACAUGGCUUCCUCUUUGUUCUUUGCCAACACUUUAGUAACGACAGUCGGAUAUGGGCACACUACGCCCCUGUCGGACACGGGCAAAGCCUUCUCCAUCUUCUACGCCCUGCUGGGAGUGCCCUUCACCAUGCUGGUGCUCACCGCCUGCGUCCAGAGGCUCAUGCACCCGGUGACCUACGGGCCCAUCAGCAUGUGCCGCCAGAGGCUUGGCCUGGACCCACUCGCCGCCACUGCCGUCCACUUUGCCAUCCUGCUGCUGCUGGUGGUGCUGGGCUUCUUCGUGGUACCCGCCGUGGUUUUCAGCCACAUCGAGGACACCUGGUCCUUCCUGGAUGCCAUAUACUUCUGCUUCAUCACACUGUGUACCAUCGGCCUGGGCGACUACGUGCCCGGGGAAAAGCCCGGACAGAAGUUCAGGUCGCUCUAUAAGAUCUCUGUGAUGGUGUACCUGUUUCUAGGGCUGAUGAUGAUGUACCUGGUCCUGCGUGCCUUCCACCGGAUGGCCGACCUGCAUGGCCUGACUUCUUUCUUCCAGCUCCCCCACUGUGACGAGGAUACAGAGGAGGACAAGGAGCCCAUUAUCGAGGCCGGCCCUGAGGACCAGCAUGAGGCAGAGGCCUCGGCCAAGCCCCUGGAUCCAGCCUCCCAGACCUCCUAUAACACCAUCAACCGAUAAGGACUCACUUCACUCUGGACCGUUCUCCUUUACAUCAGUCAGGUCAAACACAUGAGUUGACAACCUGACCAUACAUAGGCACCAAAGACUAUCGUUACUGCUGUGAGGCAACUCACGGCUCAGGUCAGACCUUCCUGCUACGACAGCUCAACUGAACCAAAAAGAAACAGAACUCUACAGAUGCCCUAGUGCACCCAGUUAACAAUUGGCAAGGGUUGUUCGUCAAGGUGGGAGAAGGUUGUUGUUCCAUAACCUGUAGAGAACACUUCUGGUUGGGACUGAUGAGUAUUAUUUGUCACUUUUUGAUGUUGUUUCAGACCAAAAUAUAUAUAUAGGUUUAUCAUAUACCGAUAUUUUCUUGUGGUUGUAUUUUCAUUUACCUUUUUGUGGUUUUAGGUCAGGGUUGAUCAAGGAAGGUCAUACAGAAAUAUCGGAUGUUUCAAAAUUAAACAAACUCAUUAUAGUGGCCAUCUUUGAAAGACUUUGUUGCCCCUCCCCAGUAAUUAAGUGAAAAGCCAUUGCUUGAGACUUUGUCUUGAGUCAUAUGAUGGAGCACAUUCCCAGGACCCCCCAACCCCCCCCCCCCCCCCCCAUGGCUUUGUUUUUGCCUAUUGAGUAACAUGAUCGUGUGUUUCAAAUACAUUAAGUAUAUCAUCUGAAGGAUAACAAAUUUAGGGAAUAAAAGGAUUGGGGGAAAAAAACAAGUAUCUGUGUUCUGAUGUGUAGUUGUCUAGAGUUAAAUAUUAGGAUUUUCUGUCAUUGUGAAAGUAUGUACUUUAGCAUGUAUGAAGUUUGUCCAUCUUGAACAAUGUAGCAACUGACAAUGUAAUAACAGCCAAUAAUGUAAUACCUUUUACAUUUAUAAUUUAAUAAAUGCUGAUAAUGUAGAUUGCUAAAGUUUUUGUGCAUAAUGUAAUUAUUACAUGAUGCAUUGAUUAUCACAUUGAAGUGGGUAACUUAUGAAUGUAAUAAUUUUAACCAAUGUAAUAACAAAAUGACUCAACUAAAUUCACUCUUGCUUUUUCAUUAAUAUCAAGUGUCAUGCUUCAGUAAUAGUGGACCUCACGCCACAACACAUUCCUGAAUCCUUAUUUGAUAUUACUAAAGGUAUGUAAUUGGCCAGUUCAUUAAACCAGGGGACUAAUGUUGGAAGGCCCAUACUCCUGUUUCCCAGCAGACAUAAAUGGGGAGGUCGUGGCAUUUGAAUUCCAACACACUUAGAUAUGACAACAGUUUGGGACUGUAUUAUCUGUUAUAUCUACACAAGACCAGAACAUACAGUUGAAGUCGGAAGUUUACAUACACCUUAGCCAACUACGUUUAAACUCAGUUUUUCACAAUUCCUGACAUUUAAUCCUAGUAAAAAUCACUAUCUUAGGUCAGUUAGAAUCACCACUUUAUUUUAAGAGUGUGAAAUGUCAUAAUAGUAGAGUGAUUAAUUUAUUUUACUUAUUUCUUCAUCACAUUCCCAGUGGGUCAGAAGUUUACAUACACUCAAUUAGUAUUUGGUGGCAUUGCCUUUAAAUUGUUUAACUUGGGUCAAAUGUUUCGGGUAGCCUUCCACAAGCUUCCCACAAUAAGUUGGGUGAAUUUUGGCCCAUUCCUCCUGACAGAGCUGGUGUAACUGUCAGGUUUGUAGGCCUCUUUGCUCGUACAAGCUUUUUCAGUUCUGCCCACACAUGUUCUAUGGGACUGAGAUCAGGGCUUUGUGAUGGCCACUCCAAUACCUUGACUUUGUUGUCCUUAAACUAUUUUGCCACCAGUUUGGAAGUAUGCUUGGGGUCAUUGUCCAUUUGGAAGACCCCUUUGCGACAAAGCUUUAACUUCCUGACUGAUGUCUUGAUGUUGCUUCAAUAUAUCCACAUAAUUUUCCAUCAUGAUGCCAUCUAUUUUGACGUGCACCAGUCCCUCCUGCAGCAAAGGACCCCCACAACAUGAUGCUGCCACCACCGUGCUUAACAGUUGGGAUGGUGUUCUUCGGCUUGCAAGCCUCCCCCUUUUUCCUCCAAACAUAAUGAUGGUCAUUAUGGCCAAACAGUUCUAUUUUUGUUUCAUCAGACCAGAGGAUAUUUCUCCAAAAAGUUUGAUCUUUGUCCCCAUGUGCAGUUGCAAACCGUAGUCUGGCUUUUUUAUGGCGGUUUUGGAGCAGUGGCUUCUUCCUUGCUGAGCGGCCUUUCAGGUUAUGUCACUAUAGGACUUGUUUUACUGUGGGUAUAGAUACUUUUGUACCUGUUUCCUCCAGCAUCUUCACAAGGUCCUUCGCUGUUCUGGGAUUGAUUUGUACUUUUCGCACCAAAGUACGUUCACCUCUAGGAAACAGAACGCAUCUCCUUCCUGAGGGGUAUGACGGCUACGUGGUCCCAUGGUGUUAAUACUUGCAUACUAUUGUUUUUAAAGAUGAACGUGGUACCUUCGGGCAUUUGGAAAUUGCUCCCAAGAAUGAACCAGACUUGUGGAGGUCUACUAUUUUAUUUCUGAGGUCUAGGCUGAUUUCUUUGGAUUUUCACAUGAUGUCAAGCAAAGAGGCACUGAGUUUGAAGGUAGGCCCUGAAAUACAUCAACAGAUACACCUCCAAUUGACUCAAAUGAUGUCAAUUAGCCUAUCAGAAGCUUCUAAAGCCAUGACAUCAUUUUCUGGAAUUUUCCAAGCUGUUUAAAGGCAGUCAACUUAGUGUAUGAAACUUCUGGCCCACUGGAAUUGUGAUAGUGAAUUAAUAAGUGAAAUAAUCUGUAAACAAUUGUUGGAAAAAUUACUUGUGUCAUGCACAAAGUAGAUGUCCUAACCGACUUGCCAAAACUAUAGUUUGUUAACAAGAAAUUUGUGGAGUGGUUGAAAAACGAGUUUUAAUGAUUCCAACCUACGUGUAUGUAAAGUUCCAACUUCAACUGUAUGUAAAAUGGCGCCAUAAAGGCAACUUUGUAUUAAAAUAUUUCUUGUAUUGGUUUACCUGAAAAAGAAAAGGUGCAACACUUCCAUAUGUGAGGCUCAUGAGGAUUGUAAAGGCAGAUAAUUGAAAGUAGUGGAAAAAACAUGGAUUUUGGCCUUGGACCAAUGGGUUAAGGGUGGGGUGAGUGAGCGGAGUGAGUGUCUGGUUCCAUCUCCAUCUUAAUGGGUCUGGAUUAAUCUCUAAAGCAAAGUAGCCUAGUCUAUCCUGGGAUAAGGAGUAAAAAUCAUGUUGAAUAUUUUUGUGAUAAUUACAAUUUGUCUAAUCGCAUGACUGAAAGGUGUCUUCAAAUUGAGCAGUUUUUUCCCCUCUGACGACACUGGAUGUUUGCAAGGUCAAAAUGGAAGUGCAAUAGUAACCCCCCCUUGCAAGUCUGUUGUGUUUCUUAAUAUGCAUGCCAUUAAAGAGGUAUUUUAGGUUAUUACAUUAUUGGUUUAAGUUAUUACACUACUGAUGUCUGGAGCGUGAUGUCACGAACUCUGCUGGUCGGUUACAACGUAGCAACCUAGCGGUGCCGAAAGCCAAUUACGAUCUCCAGAAUGGCCAAACCACAUUUUUUUUUAGACGUCCGUUUUGGCCUCAAAUUAGUUUAUGAUCAAGUUCAAUCCCCAUGUGGAAUUAUUUGAAAGUUCGCUCCAAAUUGAGAUAUUUAAUUAAAUAGUGUUGAUAAUUGGAUAUGGAGAAGGCGUAUACGGUCUCGUUCCUUUAGCUCAUAGAGAACCUCCAGAAAAAGCCCAGAUAACAGAAUGCAUAGACAUUUUAUACAACACAGAAAGUAGGUUGAGUCUGGAAGUUCUGGUCCUUUGGUUGGUUCUGGACAGGUUGUUGUCUUCACAGAUUGGUCCUGAUGAGCUGGGCGUCAUCCUUCUGAGUCUUAUAGCAAAAGUUCUUUGUUAUCAAAUGUUCAGCUAAACAGGAGAUUUUGUGUGUGCGUAGUCAGCCCUCUGUCCUUGGGUAUGUGUGUGUGUGUCUUAUUAUCUCGUGAAAUGCGGGCCCAAGCACCCUUUUCUUAUCAGUGUUUAUGAAAGGUUUACGUCAGCCCUCUGUCCUUGGGUGUGUGUGUGUGGGUCUCUGUAUCUGUUUAUAAGUUUGUGAGAAACCCUGUUUAUAAAGAAGUUAGCUAUAACAAUGUAAUAGCAAUAUGCUUGUGUUAUUUUAAAUGGUAUUUAUUACACUACUACACUGAACAUGUAAACGUAAUGUGUUGGUCCCAUAUUUCAAAAUAAAAGAUCCCAGAAAUGUUC